AUGGAACACGUGACGGAGGGUUCCUGGGAGUCGCUGCCAGUGCCUCUGGACCCACGGGUGCUGGGCGCGCUGCGGGAGCUGGGCUUCCCGUACAUGACGCCGGUGCAGUCUGCAACCAUCCCUCUCUUCAUGAAAAACAAAGAUGUCGCCGCAGAAGCGGUCACAGGUAGUGGCAAAACACUCGCUUUCGUCAUUCCCAUUCUGGAAAUUCUCCUGAGAAGGGAAGAGAAGCUAAAAAAGAGUCAGGUUGGAGCCAUAAUCAUCACCCCCACUCGAGAGCUGGCCAUUCAAAUAGACGAGGUCCUGGCACAUUUCACGAAGCACUUCCCACAGUUCAGCCAGAUUCUUUGGAUUGGUGGCAGGAAUCCUGGGGAAGAUGUUGAGAGGUUUAAGCAACAAGGCGGGAACAUCGUUGUGGCCACUCCAGGCCGCUUGGAGGACAUGUUCCGAAGGAAGGCCGAAGGCUUGGAUCUGGUCAGCUGUGUGCGCUCCCUGGAUGUCCUGGUAUUGGAUGAAGCAGACAGACUUCUGGACAUGGGAUUUGAGGCAAGCAUAAACACCAUCCUGGAGUUUUUGCCAAAGCAGAGGCGAACGGGCCUUUUCUCCGCCACUCAGACACAGGAGGUGGAGAACCUGGUGAGAGCAGGCCUCCGGAACCCUGUCCGGGUCUCAGUGAAGGAGAAGGGCGUGGCAGCCAGCAGCACCCAGAAGACCCCCUCCCGCCUGGAGAACUACUACAUGGUAUGCAAGGCAGAUGAGAAAUUUAAUCAGCUGGUACAUUUCCUUCGAAAUCAUAAGCAGGAAAAGCACCUGGUCUUCUUCAGCACCUGUGCCUGUGUGGAGUACUACGGGAAGGCUCUGGAGGCCCUGGUGAGGGGUGUGAAGAUUAUGUGCAUUCAUGGGAAGAUGAAAUACAAACGCAAUAAGAUCUUCGUGGAGUUCCGCAAAUUGCAGAGUGGGAUCUUAGUGUGCACUGAUGUGAUGGCCCGGGGGAUAGAUAUUCCUGAAGUAAACUGGGUUUUGCAGUACGACCCGCCCAGCAAUGCAAGUGCCUUCGUGCAUCGCUGUGGCCGCACAGCCCGCAUUGGCCACAGUGGCAGCGCUCUGGUGUUCCUCCUGCCCAUGGAAGAGUCAUACAUCAGUUUCCUUGCAAUUAACCAAAAAUGCCCCCUGCAGGAGAUGAAGCUCCAGAAAAACACAGCUGACCUUCUACCAAAGCUUAAGUCCAUGGCCCUGGCAGACAGAGCUGUGUUUGAAAAGGGCAUGAAAGCUUUUGUGUCGUAUGUCCAGGCUUAUGCAAAGCAUGAAUGCAACCUCAUUUUCAGAUUAAAGGACCUUGAUCUUGCCAGUCUUGCUCGAGGUUUUGCCCUGUUGAGGAUGCCUAAGAUGCCAGAACUGAGAGGAAAGCAGUUUCCAGACUUUGUGCCCGUGGAUGUUAAUACAGACACUAUUCCAUUUAAAGAUAAAAUUAGAGAAAAGCAGAGGCAGAAACUACUGGAGCAACAAAGAAAAGAGAAAACAGAAAAUGAAGGGAGAAGAAAAUUCAUAAAGAAUAAAGCAUGGUCGAAGCAGAAGGCCAAAAAAGAAAAGAAGAAAAAAAUGAAUGAGAAAAGGAAAAGAGAAGAGGGUUCCGAUAUCGAAGAUGAGGACAUGGAGGAACUACUUAAUGACACAAGGCUCUUGAAAAGGUUUAAAAAAGGCAAAAUUACCAAAGAAGAAUUUGAGAAGGGACUGUUGACAAGUGGCAAAAGAACAAUCAAGACAGCAGAUUUGGGGAUCUCGGAUUUGGAAGAUGAUGGGUGACGGCAGCACCACAGUUAAGGCCACCAGGGCACAGCUGGCCCCAGACUUGGCAUGUGGCUCCCGUUUGCCUUUACUGCCAAGGAGAACUACAGGAGACGUCUGAGAAGAACUCUUCCAGACCGGGGAAAUGAGCGAUCUCACACUUGUGAGUAUUUUACUAAAAACAUAGCAGUCUUGAAGAAUUCUAACGGAAGAAAAUGUAAAA